AGUUCUUGAUCAAUAAUGGACCUGCUAUUCCCCUCCUUGUCAAUCUUGCUUUCUUCCUUUCUCUUCUUGUCAAUAGUUGUUAAAGUUGUGAAGAGACUGAUAACCUCAGAUGGAAACAUCAAGCUGCCACCAGGACCAUGGAAAUUACCCUUCGUAGGCAACAUGCACCAGCUACUAGGCUCACUACCUCAUCACAUCCUGAAAGACCUGGCCAAUCAACAUGGACCCCUGAUGCAACUACAGCUUGGUGAAAUUUCGACCAUCGUUGUUUCUUCACCAGAAAUUGCCAAAGAUGUCUUGAGAGCGCAUGGUAUUGUCUUUGCUCAGAGGCCUCAACUGCUUUCCAUGAGUAUCAUUACUUACGGUUUUAGGGACAUUGCCAUGGCACCAUAUGGCGAUCACUGGAGACAAGUAAGAAAAAUUUGCACGGUAGAACUUUUGACAGCAAAACAAGUCCAGUCAUUUCAUUCAAUCAGACAGGAGGAGGUCUCAGCUCUUGUUAAAUCCGUAUCUUCAAAUGAAGGAUCGCAAAUCAAUCUUAGCGACAAAAUUUUUUCCUUGACAUAUGGAAUCACAUCAAGAGCAGCAUUCGGUAACAAAUGCAAAGACCAGGAAACAUUUUCAUCAACUAUCAGAGAAGUAGUGAAGCUGAUUUCCGGAUUUAGUAUAGCAGAUAUGUACCCAUCAUUUCGAGUGCUUCAACUGAUUAGUGGAAUGAGACAGAAACUUGGGACUCUGCAUCAGAAGAGCGAUAAGAUACUUCAAGGCAUCGUUGAUGAACACAGAGAGAGAAUGGAGAGUGGAAAAAUAAGUGAAGGAGAAGCAAAGGAAGACCUAGUUACUGUUCUUUUAAAGAUUCAGCAGCUUGAUUAUCUUGAAUUUCCUCUGACUGACAACAACAUCAAAGCAGUCAUCUGGGAUAUCUUCAGUGGGGGAAGUGAGACAUCGUCAACAAUUGUGGACUGGGCAAUGUCUGAAAUGCUGAAAAAUCCAAGGGUGCUAAGAAAGGCACAAGACGAGGUAAGGCAGGCCUUUCAUGGAAAAGGGGAUGUGGAUGAAGCAAGCAUACAUGAAUUAAAAUACUUAGCAUCAGUAAUCAAGGAAACCCUGAGGUUACACCCUUCUUUGCCUCUGUUACUUCCAAGAGAAAGCCGAGAGAAUUGUGAAAUUAUGGGAUACCAGGUUCCUGUCGAGACCAAAGUCAUAAUCAACGCAUGGGCAAUAGGAAGAGAUCCAAAGUAUUGGAAUGAACCCGAAACAUUUUACCCUGAAAGGUUCCUGAAUACUUCCACUGAUUUUAAAGGAAAAAAUUUUGAGUAUAUCCCAUUUGGCGCAGGAAGAAGGAUGUGUCCAGGCAUAAUGUUUGCACUCCCUAACAUUGAGCUGCCUCUGGCAAAACUGCUCUACCAUUUUGAUUGGAAGCUUCCUAGCGGAAUGAGGCAUGAAAAUCUAGACAUGACUGAGACCUUUGGUGUGACUGCCAGAAGGAAAGAUGAUUUAAUCCUAAUUCCCACCACUCAUAGCCAUUCAUCUGCUGAAUGAUAAUUUUCUCUGGACUGCAUAUUAGUUAUAGAAGUAGAGAUGUUUUCAUGAUCUCAAUAAAGCUCGGAGAACAUGUGAGGUAGAUUCCAGGCAGAACAUGUUUUAGGUUGCAAUAUAUUCUGUUGUGACUUAUCUGUCA